GCGCGGCGGGGCGGGCGGUGCCUUCAGUCGCCCAUGCCCCCUUUUGCCCUCCACUGGCUGCAGGGGGAAGAAGCGUGAACUUGAACGCAGCCUUCACAUCUCAGUGCGAAUCUAGGCAGAGGCCAGUUAGUCUUUAUCGGUCCGUCCCUCGGUCAACUUAUCGGAGAAGGAGCAGUCACACGGGGUCCGGGUCGAUCUGGGUCUUUGCUGGGGAGAAAAAAAAAGGUGCCAAACGCUCGACGCGAUGUCCAGGCGCAAACUUGGAAGCAGACCGCAGCACCUGAGUGCAAUUCAAGAUACCACUGACAUGGCAGACGGCACCGGUCCCUCAGGCGACCACCACCCUCCUCAUCCUCCUCCACAGGUGCGGGGUCCCGACGACGGUCGCGACCUCCUAACUUGUGGCCAGUGCAGCCAGGCCUUCCCCCUCGCUCACAUCCUGGCGUUCAUCCAGCACAAACAGGGCGGCUGCAGCACCCGAAAUCCGGCCCCCGACGCCAGCACUACGCCCCCCUCACCUGCCGGCCGAGCCCGGCAGCAGGUCACCGGUGGCGAGCUGGGGCCGGGCUUCAUUGAGCUCCGGAGAGGGGCGGCCAGGGACCGAGUCUGGGGGGAGGAGCCCGGCAUGAAGGUGAAGGCGGACCACAGCAAAGCAGUGUCAGAGGAGCCCUCAUAUUUUACCUGCCAGCAGUGUGAAGGCGUGUUUCCAUCUGCAUGGGCGCUCUUACAGCACGCCCAGCACACACACUCCUUCAGCAUCUACCAGGAGGACGAGGAGGAUGGCGAAGACAUGGGAGGAAGAGGGGGUCGCAAGACUGCCACGGCCGUCCUGGACCCACGCCACCUCAGCCAGGCUCUCGCCUCGGCCUUCCAGCCCUCCACCCUGCGCCCCGGCCGUUCCCGCCAGACUCACAACGCCUCCUCUUCCAGCAACCCGCAGGCCCUGAACUUUUCAGUGCGGCUCAGGGAGCUCGCCGAGGGGAAUAAUAACAUCUCCCCCGGAGGCAUGGUGCUCUCUCCGUCCUCAUCUCCGCCAGCAGCUUCUCCCUUUCCCCAGACGGCCGACUUCCACUGUGAAAUGUGUGAGCAGAACUUCCACUCCCUGCGCGCUCUGUCCGCCCACCGCCGGACUCACGCCUGCGAGAAGCCCUACCACUGUGGGGUGUGCGGGCAAGCCUUCGCUCAGAGCGGUCAACUGGCUCGUCACAUCAGAGGCCACCACCGGGAAGCUGGAAGUGGAGGAGGUGGGUAUGAGUCGGUGGAGAUGGUCAUGAUGGAGGAGGACGUAGGGAGGCAAGGGGUGCGGGGGAUUUUUCAGAUGCAGCCUGCAAGAAUGACGGGGAAAGGAAUGGUCGGUACAGAUGUGAGAGUCCAGGGCCCCUCUGAUCUGGACCUGACCCUCCCCAAACACCCCUCCCUCGCUUCAGGCCUAAUGCUGCUGACCUCCCAGGUCAGACCCACAGACCGGGACCUGUUGAGGCUGUACCAGCGCCCGAGAGAGGGGGGAGAGGGCGCUGAGGAGGAGGCAGAGGGGCAGGGGGAGCCCCAGCACACCUCGCCCUGCGCCAGCCCCUCUGAAGGCUCGCUGGAGAGCGGAGAGACGGGAGGAAGUGGUGAGAGCGGCAUCGCUAGUGGCAACUGCACCCCCAAACGUCCUGAGGCGGGCGAGCGAGUGCGAGGCGUCGGAGAGUGGGAGAACGACCAAAGGGAGAUCAUCGAGAGGGAGAAGGAGUGGACUUCGGCCAAAGUCAGCGAGGCCGUGCAUGAGUGGCAGAGGGACAAUGAACGGAGGAGUGUAGUGGGAGUUGUUAACCCCGCAGGAAGCAAUAAUAACAACACCGGUUCGACUGGUAAGAAAAAGAAAGACGAAGCCUGCGAGUACUGUGGUAAGCAGUUCAGAAACAGCAGCAACCUGACUGUGCACCGCCGCAGCCACACAGGUGAGCGGCCCUACCGCUGCGGCCUCUGCAACUACGCGUGCGCCCAGAGCUCAAAGUUGACGCGUCACAUGAAGACCCACGGCGCCCAGGGAGCAAAGGCUUCCUUCUUGUGCCAGCUGUGCGCGGUGCCCUUCACGGUCUACGCCACGCUGGAGAAACAUCUGAAGAAAGUGCACGGCCUGAGCCAUGCCAGCGUUGGCGCGUACGCGCAGGCCAGCGCCGCGGACACUUUAGCUGCGAUAAAAGCCGAGGAAGAAGCGGUGGUGGUGAAAAUGGAGGAUGAGGAGGCCGGCUUUGAGCGGAUAGAGGCGGAGGGCAAAACUAGUGACGUGAACAUGGGUGACGUGGGGCAGGGGCAGUCAGAGUGUGUUGGUGUCAGGAGUCCCGCCGUGGUGAGCGAUCUCCCACCAGAGAGCUGUGCAGAAGCGAGCUUACCUCUGACCUCUGCCCCCUGAGAGCUGCUCUCAGUCAUCCACUGACAGUAAAAUAGCACUGUAUAGGAUUUAGCUUGCCUAUUCAUGUAAAGGAACUCAUCCCACCCCCAAGUCAAGUUAAACUGGAGUUUAAAGAAGAAGCCACAGCAGUGUAUAAAGCCCCAUCCUCUCUGCCAGCAACGAGGCACGCAGCAGCAACGUUCUUUCACGAUUGUAUGCAAAGCCGCUGGUUGAAACUAAGUGCCUACAGACCACAGAGAAAAACAAGGCCAUGACAUUCAACGGGGAGAUUACCAUAGCUCUUGAACAGGAAGUGAACCGCCACAGUCCACACCGACACAGGAAACUGAUCACCAUGUUGCAGCGCAGGAUGCAAAAAACGUGUGAUUUAUGUCUGGUGACCCACUGGACAGGUGCCGACGGAUCUUAACCGUCACAUGACGCGGAGAAUGAAUUAUAUUGAUGAAAAAAAAUAGAGCUGUUAAUAUAUUUUCAGCACCGACAAACGGAGCGAGGUCGUUUUGUGCUACCUAGCUGGUUUUUCGUUUGAGAAGACCUUUUAAAGACUAAAGAUGUUUGAACGGAGGCAGGGGUGAAAUGAAUCCAAACACUGUCUGCCUGCAGUUUCUCAGACUCCUCUUUUUAAAGGCGCUCGGUUGUCACAACACUUGUCACUUAACAUAAUGUUUACAAGACUCACGGGGGCCUAGCAAGGUUGUGUCUCCUGACUUUGUGACAGUAUGUGUGGAUCAUUUUCUGUUCUGUUAUUAUAUAUUAUUUUUUAAAUAAAUGUGAAUAUGGAGGCUUUAAAGUCUCCCCUACUGAUGUGUUCCAUAAUUAGUUUCUAUGCAUAAAAAAAACAAAAAAAAAACGGCAAUUUUUACCUACAUGUGAAACGGGUGUGUAUUGUAUCUCUGUUUGUACCUAUUAUUAUUGUGAUGGUUAUUUCGCUCUUUCGUUGUUUACAUUUGUAAAGUGCCGGGCCGCUUGAAAGCUCUUGCAUGUCUUUGCAGCCAGGUCUUCCUAAUUUAUGGAUGGUGCAUGUCGGUGGUUGUGUAACUGAAAAAGUCUGUUUCACUGCUGAACUCCAGGGUUGAGAAGAGGUGCAGCAGUAGCUAGUUGAUUGUUGGGGUGGGGGUGGGAUCGGGGGGGGGGCCAAGCCGCCAAGCGAGCACUUGAGUGAGUUGGAUGAAUGUUUUUGUGCGUGUGUACAUAUUAGGACAUUGAGGAUGGGUGGGGGGGGUCGCACUUCUACAUGAACCCCUCUGUCCUGUGAACUUGUGUCCGAAGCGUGACUCGAAUAAUUGCAGCGUCACAUACUUCUCAGGUCACGUGGGACUUAAACACAAGUUCAUCAGGAGAAGAUCGGUUCAUUUAAGAAAUAAAACAAGUCUUUAAGUGGACGUUGACACCUUUUUUCUAUUUUUUUUAUUUUUUUUUUAUUUUUUCGCCCAUGACUACUGUGAUGACUUUGUGUUACAGAUUUUCUGAUCUCUGCCGCAUUCAGGUCAAAACAAAUGCUUGUGUGUGUUGUUUAAAAUUGAAUCAUGAACGAGUGCGGCGUAACUGUUCAGGGAUAAUAAUUUGUAUAUACGUUCUUGCUCUUGCUAUCAUUAUUAUUAUUGUUAUUAAUAUUAUUAUCUGCCUGCCCCUGUUACAUGCUUUCCAUUCUUCUUAGCGUUGCCAAUAGUUUCCUUCAAAGUUGAACACUGGCUAUUGUGAAGCUAUGCCGCUCUGCUGUCUUUGUAAACUUGACACCAUUUUGUAAUUGACCUUGUCACAAGGAGCCUCAAUAAAGAAUUGAGGUCAAAUA